UCAUUCCCCCUCUUCUUUCCGUUCGAAGAAUCCUUUGUCGGCGAGAGGCGGAGCUCAGGCGAGUCGGGCGAAAUCUAAGCGGAGACCUUCUCCUCGCGAUCGACGCCGUCCCACAUCAAUCUUGACGCCCCUCUUGUGCUGACCGGGGAGAUCGGCCUUGAAGACGCUAGCUUCGCGGGUCUCCCACCAGUCGACGCGGGCGUCCGCGAGGCAGCGUCGUCCCCGAAGCCUCGGCGAGAAUAGAGGAAACAGACUUCUCGGGCACGGCAGAUCCUCCCGCCUCGACCUUGACGCCCCUCUUGUGCCGGCCGGGGAGAUCGGCCUUGAAGACGCUAGCUUCGCGGGCCUCCCACCAGUCGACGCGGGCGUCCGCGAGGCAGAGUCGUCCCCGAAUCCUCGGCGACAAUAGAGGAAAGAGACUUCUCGGGCACGGCAGAUCCUCCCAACUCGACCUUGACGCCCCUCUUGUGCCGGCCAGGGAGAUCGGCCUUGAAGACGCUAGCUUCGCGGGCCUCCCACCAGUCGACGCGGGCGUCCGCGAGGCAAAGUCGUCCCUGGAGCCUCGGCGAGAAUAGAGGAAAGAGACUUCUCGGGCAAGACGCUGAUGGCCUCGAAAGAAGAGAAGACGGCGGAUGGCGAGGGCGGAGCAGACGGUUCUAGUUCUCCGACGGCCAGUGCGAAUAGAGGUUUAGACGAUGAUCAAAGGCACAGAGAUGAGAAAUUAAGGAAAUACGAAAAAGCUGCUUCCUUGAAAAUUGAGCAAUACUUCCUCUUAGAUGAUAUUCCACGACUUAUUAAAGGACUUGAAGACCUGGCUGCACCCGAGUAUAAUAUUUUCUUUAUUAAGAAAUUAAUCACACUCGCCGUGCAAUGGAGGAACCAAACGGAUGCCACAUCGCGAUUUCUCGCAACGGCUGUGAAAGAAGAUGUUUUAUCACCGAUUGAUUUAGAGAUAUGUAACGAGUUCCCUGAGAAUUCUAUUGAAAGUGAAAUUGUAUCCAAGGCUUGCGCACUUGUAUCAGCUGCACAUGCCUCAGAGGCAAUGCAUUCGGUAGGUGCCGCAUUUUGGUUGGUUGUUUAUUUUUAUUUUUGUAUGAUAGUACCAUGGAUUUGUGUGUAAA